AUUUUUAAUUAUUCGAUUAGGCACAAUUUAUUUUACUGUGAAAAUUAUCUUAAUAUUUAUUUUAUUUUAAGACGAAGAAAUAAAAAAUGAAUAGACAGUAAAUUAUUAUAAUAAUUAGAGACAAAGAAAUAUCAAAUUUAAUCGUCUAGUUGAAGGCUAGACAGGGGACAAAAGCACCUAGCAAAUAAGGUAAACUAGCAAAUCAAAAUGGCCAAAUUGCUGUUUUUUGUGGUCAUGCUAGCUUUGAUAUGCCUGCAGCAAUCAAGUGCUAAACCACACCAUCAUCAUCACAAGCGUCAUGCGCAUCAUCACCAUAAAUAUAAAAGAGGGAUCAGCGAAACAGUUGGAAAGAAGUCUGAUUAUUACGGCGAAGUAGGUAAUGAUGGUCCCCAUUCUAGUGAUGAUACAUCGCAAGCCUUCUUGGAUAUGAGUCAACCUCAAGGACCUAUGAAUCCGGAGGAACAGCAUCGGUUGAUAUCAAAGACCUCAGCUGAUCUUUCUCAUUUGAGUCAAAAAGAUAUGGACGAUGCAUAUAAUUACGUUAACAAUAAUCACUUCGGUAACGAGCCGCCUCCAAAUGAGUUCGAGAACGCUGCCCCAAUAAAACCUGACGCUACUAAGCAAUCGUCAGCACGAUCAAGCAUGUAUUCGACUCCCGAAGAUAACUACAUUAGUCCUCAAUCAUACGAAGAAGGUGCUUCACCAACAUCACACUUUAACGAACCAGUGGAACCACUUAAUCCUAAUGAUUUUGAGAGAAGUAUCAAUCUGGGUGAACAAUCUGGAACAACUCAGUAUAGUCCAAAUUUCAAUUACGCAGAAGCUGGAUUCCCUGAUGAAGACGGAUCAAAGAAAUCGGCUGUACCUUCUGAUAUAGACAUACCAGCUAACGCAACUCAUAAACCUGGUGAUCAUACUCACUUAACUGAUACUGCCAUCAUUCACCAUCAUGAUAACGACUCUAACUAUUAUGGCGUCAGCAGAUAUCCACCUUACAUCACCAAGGAUGGAAAAACUGUAUAUGGACCACCCAAAAACAAUAAUGGAGCUUCCAUUCCAUAUCCGUAUCCUGUCCAGCAGCCGAACCAAGCAGGUUCCUCUCAGCAACUACAAGUCGCGUACCCACAGGUUCAACAACCGGCAGCUACAACAAGACCACAGAACGUGGCGGUACCACAAAAUAAACCACGGAAUAACACUAACCCUGCAGAGAGCGGAUCUUUCAGUCCUUAUCGCUAUCCUGUUCAACAGGCAAAUCAAGCAACAAAUUCUCAGCAGUCAUUCCCAGCUAUAUACCCGCAACCUGCUGUUCAACAGCCUGUAGCUACCACAGGACAACAGAACGUUGGCGUAUUAAAAAAUCAAACAAAGCCACAAGCUUCAUCUGCACCAUCAAAUCCUUUAACUCCUACACUUACAAAAAUAAUACCGGACAUUACUCAAUUGACUUCACCAGGAUCAAAUGUGGGACAAUAUCCUAUCUUACCAAUAACAGAUGGAAACAGAACGUCUAAAGAAAAUCAAUUAGCAAUUCAAAAAAAUGAAGAAAUGCGAUAUGCUGUUGACCCAUCCACAGGACAAAAAUUAUCAGGACCUGAAAAUAAUGUAGCAAAAUUAGUGUAUCCACAGCAACCAGUCAUUGCGAAGGUUGGAGGUGGUGCUGACAGCACAUCAAACACACAAGAACGACAUCCAACCAAGCCAUUGUCUGCUUACCAAUAUCCAGUUACGUUGGUUAAUCUUGGUGGCGACGUACAAGGAAAUCUUGACAAAGAAAGUAACAAAAAAGUGGAACAAACGUCAAGAGUUGCCCCGCAACAGCCUGCAGUUUUUAUGGUUGAUGAUCCAAGAUGCAAGAGCUAUACUCUUGAUAUUUGUUACCAACCCUGGAUGAAAAAACAUUGUCCUAUAAUGUGCUCGUCAAAGAAAGACAACGCUCAAUCUAAUAUUCCCAGUAAAGUUCCAGUUGCAAUGCCUGGUCAGCAAAACACUCAAGCCAUGACACAAGCUAGCGCUCCAAACAAGACGCUCGCAGCCCCGCAACCAAUCACUGCUAAAAUUCCGGCACAAAGUCAAGCACCAGCCGUUGCUUGGCCACCACAAGCCCCUGUUGCUGCAAAUAAAAAUAGUGUCAAAAUUCCUGUUGGACCUGCACAGCUUCAGGGUGAUUACAAUAUUGCAAACCAAACAGAAGCUAAACAAACUACCGGCAAUAAGACACUUGCUCCGGGAAACACCCUUGUUGAAGGUUUUCUAUAUGUUGAAAAACCGACUCGUGCAAACUGUACAUUUAAUGGAGGAACGUACCAAAUUGGACAAAGUUUUGAAACAGACCCAUGUACUGCUUGCUUAUGCGAAAAUAAUGGGGUCAAUUGUUAUGCGAAACCAGACUGUAACAAAGUCUCUGGUACAUGUCAACUUCCAUCAUUUGGGGGAAAUUCAAAUGGUGCAUGUUGUUCAAUUCCUUUUGUUUACAAUGGACAGCCUCAAUAUUCAUGUGUUCUUCAACCAAACCAAGGCUACUGGUGUGGAACCACACUUAACUAUGAUCAAGAUAGGCAAUGGGGAAAUUGUGGAGCAUGUAUACAGCCACCCUGUCCACCACUUACAACUGUUCCACCAUUUACAACAAGUACAAUAUCAGUGUCAUCAACAGUUGGAUCAACCACACCAAGCAUUACACCAGGCUCAACUACGCCAGGAACCACACCAGUAUCUCCCACACCAAGUACCACACCAGGGUCAUCUACACCAAGAACCACACCAGGGUCGACCACCCUAAGUACCACACCAGGGUCGACCACACAAAGUACUACACCAAGGUCGACCACACCAAAUACCACACCAGGGUCAACCACACCAAGAACCACACCAGGGACAACCACACCACCAAUAACAAGAAAGCCAGAUAUACACUGUAAUCCAUGGACUGCAUGGAGUAAUUGUUCAGCAGAUUGUGGAUUUGGUAUAAGGAUUAGAUAUAUGGAUUGUUUCAAAAAUGACCAAAAGGAAACUCUUAAUGAGACAAAACAAUGUUAUCUAAAAGACUGUGAACCAGUUUGCAAUCCGUGGUCAAAUUAUACUGAAUGUAGCAAAACAUGUGGAGGAGGCGUUCAGACACACAAAAGAAAUUGCUCCAUCACAGAUAAUAUCCACACAGAUAUUAUUGAAGUUACAGCAUCACGAGCUUGUAAUUUGAAUCCGUGCCCUACUGAAUGGUCUGAAUGGAGUGAAUGGAGCGAGUGUUCUGUUUCGUGUGGUAGAGGAUAUCAGAGCAGAUGGAGAAAAGGAAGCUGGGAAGAUCUUGGUCGUAUUAUUUCUGUACCACAAGCUGAAUCAAGAGUUUGUAAUGUUAAAUCUUGCAAUUUAACACAAUGUUCGGAAUGGUCCGCCUGGGGUGAAUGUUCUAAAACAUGUGGAGGUGGCCUUCAAGAGAGACAGCGUACAUGUGAAGAACUGGAUGCAGUUAAAAUCGAAAAAGACUCUCAAGUCUGUAAUAACAUAUCCUGUGAACCACCCUUUUGUGGUGAGUGGUCUGCAUUUACGGAAUGUAGUGCUAGCUGUGAUGGUGGUAUCAAACUUCGGUGGAGGACAUGUGGUGGAGAGUAUGCCGAGGAAAAUGUGACUUGCAAUGAAUUCCCAUGUUCUGUUCUUCCAAAUCAUACAGAAUGGUCAUCAUGGUCAGAAUGUUCAGCAACAUGUGGUCAGGGAAUCCAAUACCGUACAAGAAAUGUUACAGUAUUUUAUAACAACACCGAAUCUUACAUUGCUCCAGAAACUGAAUCAAGAAUCUGUAACGCUGGAAGAGCAUGUGAAGAAACUCCUAAUACUGUUUGUUCAGAAUGGGAAGAAUGGAGUGAAUGUAGUGCAACAUGUAAUGGAAUGCAGACAAAAAGUCGUCAUUGUAAAAAUGCCACACAUGAAUCAGAUGAGUUGCAAGCAAGACCAUGUAACACAUUCCCAUGUCCAGAAGAAAAAAAUUGCACUGGGUGGUCUGAUUGGUCUGAAUGCUCACAGUCCUGUGGAGGUGGUGCAAGGCAGAGAUACAGAACAUGUCCUAAUCUUGAACAAGAUGUUGAAACGCAAAUAUGUAAUACACAACCCUGCCCAGAGACAAAAAUACCAGUGCCAGAAUGUAUUGUUGCGUACCUAAGCUUCGAUCAGUUUGAUGAAGAAAAUAAAAUCAUCUUUGAUGAAGGACCAUUUCAAAAUCAUGCCAACUAUGAUGGAGACACAUCAUUUUUAACUACAAAUUUUUCUUGUGGUAACGCAACAAGCAUAAAUGAUGGGGAAAUCUAUUUUAAUGGAACAACUUUCAAGAACAUUCCAAAGGAUGGUAUUACAAUUGCUGUUUGGGUUUAUGCAGAUUCUUUGUUACAUCGCCAGUCUCUUUUCUCCACAAUUGCGACUGGAAGCACUGGGGAUAAUUAUUACUUGGACCUGGAAGCUGGGAAAGUGCGUUGGAUUCAUACAAAUCUUCAAGGAGAAACAUUAUUUGCAGUUGUAAGUGAUGCCGUUAUUACUGACAAGGACUGGGCGCAUAUAGCCGUGACUUACAAUUCAACAACAGGAAUUGCAAAAGUUUUCGUAAAUGCAAAGGAAAUAAGCACAACACAAGGCCAAGGUGGACCAUUAGUUGAUUUGUGGGACAUGUUUGCAGGAUUAGCUGGACCAAUAUACACAGAGCGAUUUCAUGGUCUUUUGGAUGAAUUAUAUAUAUACAACUGCUCAUUAACAGCUGAACAAAUAAGAGAAGUUGCAAACACAUGUAGAAAAAAUACUGGAGAUGGAUGUCCUUCACCAUUACUUGGAGUUUGUCCACCAUGUGAUAAUUGCAAUGUUGUCACAACACCAACGCCCCCACCAGGUUCAAUUGACGGUGGUUGGAGUGAGUGGAGUGCUUGGGGAUUAUGUUCAGAAACUUGUGGAAAUGGUACAAGAGUUAAAACAAGGGAGUGCAAUAAUCCGGAGCCACAAAAUGGUGGCUUAGAUUGCUUCGAACAGGAAAAUUUUGGAAAUGAUACGGCAGAAGAAUCAUGUAAUGCUGGAGAAUGUCCCAUCAAUGGAGGUUUUUGCAACUGGAGUGACUGGACACCCUGUGACAAACCAUGUGGUCUUGGUAAUAUGACUCGAACAAGAGAAUGUCUGUGUCCUAAACCGCGAUAUGGUGGCUUAGGUUGUGGCAAUGUAACCCUUGAUAUCACAACAUGUUCUUUACAAAGUUGUCCAAUUCAUGGUAAUUUUACAAAUUGGUCACCAUGGUCCCCAUGUUCAAAGACAUGUGGAACCGGCUCACAAAUGCGUGUUCGAGAAUGCACAAACCCUCUCCCUAAGUAUGGUGGCAAUGAUUGCCGAAAUCUUGGGGACGAAGAAGAAACACAGUCUUGUGUAAACGAAGUUAAAUGUUGGGAGCCAGCAAAUUGGAGUCCUUGGUCAAUGUGGUCAGAAUGUUCUCGCUCCUGUGGAAAUGGAAUACAGCUUCGUAAUCGGUCAUGCACUGAACCACCUCCGAUGAAUGGUGCACCAGAUUGCACUGGAAAUGCAACAGAGGCAAUAGAGUGUAAAAUUGCUGAUUGCUGUAAUAUUCCAUAUAAACGUCUUGGUUGUUUCAAAGAUCUUGGCCAAGACCCUCGACCAAUGCCAGAAAUGUUGUUCACAGACAGAAACCCUGACAGCAAGUUGUACUCUGGUAAACCAGUGCAUGGUCUUGAUUUCCAGGGUUAUGUCACUGAUCUUAUAUGUCGAUGUGCUAAAUCUGCAUUAGAGAAGAAAUACACACACUUCAGUAUUCAAGAUUUUGGUCAAUGUUUAUCUGGUCCUCAAGUGAAGACAACCUAUAAUAAAAAUGGUGUUGAACCAAGUUUUAGUUACCGCCCUAAACCUAGACCGUGGACUGGCUGUAUGGAUGUUGAUCAUGAUGAAUGUGAAGAUGAUUCCUUGACUUGUGUGGGAAUGGAAGAUACAAACUUUGUUUAUGGACUGGAAGAUGUGACACCCAUCAAUGGAAAUUACACAACAUGGUCCGAUUGGAGUGACUGUUCACAGUCUCAUGGAAAUGGUACACAACAUCGUACAAGAACAUGCACUAACCCAAGGCCAGCUUUUGGUGGAGCUAAUUGUUCAGUAAUUGGGCCAAAUACCGACGUGAAGAAUUGCUACACCCCUCCUCCUGGUGACUGCCAGUGGAGCAGUUGGUCAGAUUAUGGCAACUGUUCUCAACCAUGUGGACCAGGUACUCAAACAAGACAACGAAAUGUAGCUGUUCCAGCUUCAGGUGGGGGAGAGGAAUGUGUUGGAGAAAGUACAUCUACACGAGAAUGCGAGAUUAAAGAAUGUCCAGUUGACUGUGGAUGGUCAGUUUGGUCGAUAUGGACAAAUUGCAUGGUGACAUGCGGUGAAGGAACUCGAACUCGUCAGCGAAAUGCUAACAAUCCAGCUGCUGCAUUUGGUGGAAAGCAAUGUGUUGGAGAUGACAUGGAAGUCCAGAAUUGUACAAGUCCCUUGUUAUGUAAAAUCGAUGGUGGUUACACCCCUUGGUCCAGUUGGAGCACUUGUACGAAAUCUUGUGAUGGAGGAACGAAGAGACGAACACGAAAUUGCACUAACCCUGAGCCACAAUACGGAGGAUUAGAUUGUGUUUCACAACAACUGGGAAGCCCUGAGGAAACUAAAGAAUGUAACACGCAAUGUUGCCAAGUUAAUGGUACUGUAUCAGAAUGGUCACUUUGGGGACCCUGUGAUGUCGAAUGUGGUACAGGAUCUAGAUCUAAAACUCGACGAUGUGAUAAUCCUGCUCCUCGAUGCAAUGGAUUUACGUGUGCCGAAAAUCUUAUGGAAACUGAAACAUGUAAAGCAGCAGUUGAAUGCCCAAUUCCUGGAAACUGGGGUAAUUGGGGAAAUUGGACAGGUUGUUCAAAGUCAUGUGGUUUUGGUGGAUUUCAAGUCCGAGAACGACAAUGUGACAAUCCUCCACCACAGUUUAAUGGUGAUAACUGUUUUGGUAAUCCUGAAGAAGUGCGAAAUUGUGAUGCUGAACUGUCAUGCUGCACAACACCAUAUGCAAAUUUAGGAUGUUACAAUGACCUUUCCUCGACACCAUCAUCAAAACCACUGCCACAACUUCUCUUUGAUGACCAGGACACUAUUGAUUUUGAAAACUGGGAUGAUGUGUUAGAUGAACUGGUUUGCAAAUGUGCUAAAAAGGCUUUAGAGUUGCAGUAUACGCAUUUUGCGAUACAGGCUCUUGGACAAUGUUACUCAGGACCAGAUGUGGCGUCCACAUAUGAUAGAUAUGGCGCCUCAACGAAUUGUGUCACAACCGGUGGUGAGCCAAGUAAAAAAGACUUUCAAAACUGUACAGGAAUCUCAAAACCAUGUGCUGGAUUGGAUAAUACUAAUUAUGUUUACGGAUUGGAAGUUCCACCACGUCAUGGCAACUAUUCAGAAUGGUCGAAAUGGGGCAACUGCUCUGUUGCAUGUGGACAAGGAUCUCAAACACGAUAUAGAACAUGCACAAAUCCAACGCCUGCAUUUGGUGGAAGGACAUGUUUGGAACAAAACCUUGGUGAAGCCGAAGAGACUUCUAUUUGUAAUAAAGAUCCCUGUCCAAUUGAUUGCGGUUGGACAAACUGGACUGAUUGGUCUCAAUGUUCCACUACAUGCGGAGAAGGUAUUUCUGAAAGAAGUCGUUCACCAACAAAUCCUGCAGCAGGACAUGGUGGUAAAAAUUGUACGGGAGAAUCGAAACAAACUCAACAAUGUAAUGGCCCAUGUUGUCCAGUUGCUGGCAAUUACAGUGAAUGGGAGCAAUGGGGUUCCUGGUCGAAAACCUGUAACAAUGCUACAAGAGUUAGACGACGAUCAUGCUCGAAUCCUGCACCAAUGUGCGGCGGACCACCCUGUGUUGGAGCAUAUGAAGAUGUUCAAGCCCAAUUUCUUGGGGAAUGUCUUGUUGAUGGUGGAUGGUGUGAAUGGUCAACUUGGAACUCAUGCUCCAAAACCUGUGGUUUGGGUGAUACAACUCGUGCUCGCGUUUGUGAAUGUCCUCCUGUCAACGGUGGAAAUCCUUGUCAAGGACCUAGUGAAGAAUGCAAAGAAUGUAACGUUUCUGGAUGCGUUGUUGAUGGUAAAUACUCAUUGUGGACGUCUUGGACAGCAUGCGAUCGUACGUGUGGGAAUGGUACAAGGUCUAGAUCGAGAUCGUGUUCUCAUCCUGCGCCUGCAUUUGGUGGAAUGAGUUGCAUCCAACAAAAUUUGGGAGAAUCAGAAGAAACUAUGUUUUGCAAGUUACAAAACUGUCCAGUUGAUGGCGGCUGGUCUUCGUGGAGCCAAUGGUCAGAUUGUUCAUUGCCCUGUGGUGAAGGAAGAUCAAAGCGUGACAGAAAAUGCAGCAACCCAGCGCCCUUAGAUGGCGGUGCAAAUUGCGAUGGGGUGUGGAUCGAAGAGAGGCUUUGUAAAAUGAACGAGUGCUGUGAUUUAGAACACGAAUCAUUAGGCUGUUAUCAAGAUAUGCAAACUGGUACACGAGCAUUCUCUGAAAUGCUUUUUACCCGCGAAGACAAGAUAGGUGCAAAGAGAUGGGAUCAAAUUUUACCUGAAGUCAUCUGUAGUUGUGCAAAUGCCACAAAAUUAAAAGGAUACACUCACUUUGGAAUCACUAAAUAUACUCAGUGUUGGUCUGGUCCUAAAGUGCAGGAUCACUAUAGCGAACAUGGAGAAUCUAACCAGUGCGUAAGUAUGAUACCACUUUUAGGAGGAAAUGAAGUACGUGACGAUGUUACAUCGCUCUACCCAGCACCCAAUGCGGAUAUGUAUGAACCUUGUCUUAAUGGAAGUUUGCAGUGUGCUGGACCAACUGGAUCUUUUUAUGUAUAUGGAGUGAAUCCGAAAACUGAGGGGGAUGGUGGCUACGGUGAAUGGAGUGAAUGGGAAUCGUGUUCACGCACCUGUGGUGGAGGACUUCAAACUGCUUCAAGAUCAUGCAACAAUCCUUUCCCUAAAUAUGGAGGAAAUGAUUGCUCCUCGUUAGGUGAAGCGACAAAGAUACAGUCUUGCAAUGAAGUUCCAUGCGCAGUUCAUGGUAAUUGGGCCGGAUGGACGCAGUGGUCAUCGUGUUCUGUCACCUGUGGAACCGGUGUCAUUGAACGAAUCCGUAACUGUUCCAAUCCCGCUCCCUCGGAAAAUGGACGGCUAUGCAGUACAGGAGUGAACGGAUCGGAAGCAUUGACUAUGAAAGAAACAUCUGCAUGCAACAUGCCAGCCUGUCCUGUGUCUCCAUCAACUGCAGCUGCUAUUGCUCAAUGGAGUGAAUGGAGUGUAUGCUCCGUAACCUGUGGUAAUGGACAAAAGAUGAGAGAACGUGAUGCUUGCCCAAGAUUUGAAACGCAGGGAUGUCAUCUAGGAGAGUGUCCAAUUGACGGAGCAUGGGGUCAAUGGAGCAGCUACACACAAUGUUCAAAAACAUGUCAGAGAGGAACGCAAAACCGGACAAGGGUGUGUGAUUCUCCCGCUCCAAGAAACGGGGGUAAAGAUUGUGCAGGCGUGUCUGCGAUGGAUAGAGAAUGUAACAAAGAUGUGCCUUGUCCAGUCAAUGGAAAUUAUACAGAGUGGUCAGAGUGGGGAGCUUGUGACGUGACUUGCGGAGUUGGAAGACGUGUAAGGUCAAGAACGUGUACUAAUCCUUCACCAGCCAAUGGAGGUUUGACGUGUAUCGAUCAACAACUUGGAAACGCAACUGAAACUGAACAGUGUACGCAACCAGAUUGUGAAGUGCCUUGUCUUUGGGGGGCGUGGUCUGAAUGGGAUAACUGCAGUGUUAGUUCAGGUUAUGGGACUCAGAUGCGUUUCAGAGAAGUUCUGGAAGGAAAUUGUACCACUGGUGACGCUAACCAGACGAAAAAUUGCUUAGUUAAUACCUGUAGUGUUCCUUUCCAAAGGUUAGACUGUUUCCAGGACAAAGGUGUUCCACAUCCCUUACCUAUUGUGUUAUUUAACUUUUCUGAUACUGCACACAAUCGAUACGGUGACUGGAACAGUUAUUUAUCAGAAUUGGUUUGCGAGUGCGCUACAAAAACCAAAGAGGCGAAGUAUUCACAUUUCGCGUUGCAAGAUCUUGGUGUAUGUAUGUCUGGACCAAGUGUUGCAGAAACAUACAAAAAGGAUGGAACUUCGACCAAUUGUGUAUCACGAAUUUCAGAACCACCUUCCACAACAAACAAUUCUUACCUCCAAUGUCAAUCUGAUGAUUUAUACUGUGCUGGUGCUGAAGAAACAUCCAUCUUUGUGUAUGGACUAAAUGUAACAGCUGUUGAUUGUGGUUACAGCCAGUGGAGUGCCUGGGAUGCAUGUUCCAAAACAUGUGGAGAUGGUGUCUCCACCAGUACUCGAUUUGAUAACAACCCUCCUGCAGCUUUUAGUGGUAAACCCUGUACUGAAGACCUGCAAAAGACGAAAACUUGUCAAAUCAAACCCUGCCCAGUACCUGGUAAUUGGGGCGAGUGGAGUUCUUUUGGCCAGUGUUCUAUCACGUGUGGACCUAACGGAACAAGAACACGACAACGAGAAUGCAAUAAUCCUCCACCGAGAAACGAUGGCGCAUAUUGUGUUGGCGAUGCAGUACAAAACUCAACCUGUGAUAUGGGUCCAUGCCCAGUUGAUGGUGGUUGGUCAGAGUGGAGUUUAUGGGGAAGCUGUUCAAAGACUUGUAAUACCGGUACGAGAGAACAUACAAGAGUAUGUGAUAAUCCUGCACCAGUUGGAACAGGCGCGCCCUGUAUAGGACCAAAAGCAGAAUCUGAGCAUUGCAACACAGAUCCUUGCAUUAAUCCUAAUGGACCUUGGAGCAAUUGGACAGAAUGCAAUGUGACGUGUGGAAUUGGGUAUAGGUCAAGAAGUCGGAACUGUCCAAUACCUCCCUGUGUUGGUGACUUGAUCGAAACAGCUACGUGUGAUACUCACAUACCAUGUUUACACGAAUGUAACGAAGCAAUUGAUCUCGGCUUUGUGGUUGAUUUUUCGAACAAUGCUCGUGGUUACUUCAGAGACUUCACGAAACCUUUCAUCUUGAAAGCAGCCAGUUUCUUCGACAUCUCCGCCGAUAAAACUCACUUUGCUUACCUACCAUACAGCACUGUUCCAGGAACCAAUCUUCAAGAUAAUUUGUUUAAAAACAGCAUCAUCGACUCUCUACCUGCCGGCGACAAGGCGUCGCAAAAGGAUUAUUUGAGUUUCAUUGUCGGUGAAGAAAUUCCAGUAGAUGGUGUGACCAUGGGCCAUACAUUUGUGAAUCUUGCUUUACAAGCUGCUGCAGACCACAUGUUUACAGCGGAAAAUGGAAUGAGAGAAAAUGUAAAACAUGUACUCAUUCUCAUCUCCGAUGGAACACAAAGCACCUCCGGAACGCAGCAAGAAACUGUGAAACAAGCUGCAGACGCUGUCAGGGCGAAAGGUGUUGAGAUCAUUACUAUCGCGGUUGGUUCCAACGUAAAUGAGAAUAAUUUGAAGGACAUAUCGAAUAAUGAUCCGACGUAUGUACUACGCGUGGAUGAUUACAGCAACAUCAACUCUGCCAUUCCAGCUAUCUUGAACCUUAGUUGCGUUGCAGUGUCUGCUCGAUGGGGUGAGUGGAGUGCAUGGUCAGAAUGUUCAGCGUCGUGUGGCGGUGGCGUCACGUAUCGCAUGCGUCUAUGUGUGGGUGGUAAUCCCGGCGAUGGAUUGUGCACGCCUGCGACAGCUAACAAUGAAACGAAGUCGUGUAACGAAGCUCCGUGUUUAGCUGCAUGCGAAGUAGCGAUCGAUCUCGGCUUUUUGGUCGAUUAUUCUGGCAGUGUUGAAAACGCAAAAGAGGAAGCUGCUAUUAAAAGUUUAAUUAUCGAUUCCGCCAUGACAUUUGACAUCUCGAAAGACAACACACACGUUGGGUUCAUUCCAUUUAGUACCUACCCUUACAACGACAAGAAGAACAUGUUUAAUAACUCCGUGGUCGCCAAUAUUGCAGCUGGAGAUAAGACUGCACAGUUGAAUUAUUUAAACGAGAUAGUGAAACCAGACCCGGAGCCACUUCCAGAUGAUAUGUACAUCAGAGGUCUUACAAACACGGGGAGAGCAGCCAAACUUGCAAACGACACGAUGUUUACCGAAGCUUGGGGUAUGCGAUCAAAUGUUAAAAAAUAUCUUGUCAUGGUUUCGGAUGGACAAGAAAAUAGAAUGUCUCCAUCCCAAUCUUACUUUGAUGCCAUUAAAAACAAAGGAGUUGAUGUGAUUGUCGUGGCUGUUGGCACAUCUUUAAAAUGGUCAACGCUAACUGGUUACGCUAGCAAAUCAUCCAACAUCUUCAACUUCACCAGUUAUGAUGCUGUCAAAGAAAAGAUGAACGAUAUUGCGAAAUCGAUAUGUCCAACAGCUACGCCAACUCCAGCGGAAGCCAAAUGGGGACCAUGGAGCGAGUGGUCAACGUGUACUGUCACCUGUGGAGGAGGACAAAUGUAUCGAACUCGCCAAUGCGAAGGUGGUAACCCUGGUGAUGGAUCGUGCACUCCAGCAUCGGCCAACAAUGAAACUAAGUCGUGCAAUGAAGCACCCUGUGAUAGUGCUUUACCGAAAUGUGAAGCAACUGUGGACUUAGGCUACAUUGUUGAUUUUUCCGGAAGUAUACAAGAUACCAAUGACAUUCAGAAAAUUGAAGCUCUUGUCAAAGACACAGCCAAGACUUUCGAUAUCUCAAAAGAUAACACGCAUUUUGCAUACAUCGCGUUCAGUACACGUCCGAGCGAUAAUCCUGACCAAUGGUUUAAUAACUCGAUCGUCGCGAAUAUCGCCGCAGGUGACAAAGCCGCGCAAGCUGCAUACUUGGAUCAAGUUGUGAAACCGGAUGAGAAUGAUGGCAAUAGAUUUUCAAACACGUUCAGAGCUACGAAACUUGCAAGUGAAAAGAUGUUCAAUGCAGCAUGGGGAAUGAGACAGGACAAACCGAAAUAUUUAAUGAUUAUCUCGGAUGGUAAAGAAAACAUUGCUUCACCCGAGCCAGCGGAGACUUACCUUCGACCAAUCAAAGCUUUAGGUGUUGAAAUUAUCGUUGUUGCUGUUGGUGCCAGUCUGGAUCAGGAUAAAAUACAAAGCUAUGCAACAAAACCUGAAAACAUAUUCACCUUUGCUAAUUACGAGUUGGUCAAGGCUAGAAUGGUUGACAUCGCAAAAUCGUUGUGUCCUCAAGAUGAUAUCAUUAUCGACAACCCAACCGCUCAAGAUGCUCCUAUCAUUUCAACUGCUCCAACGCCAUCCACGUCUCCGACGCCAUCUACCACACUAGAACAACCAUUCCACUGUCACCGCGCUAUUGACAUUGUGCUGUUGGUCGAUGGCUCCUCGAGUAUUAUUCCAUACUGGUUGGACGUAAAAUCAUUUUUAAAAAAACUGGUUAAACGAUUUAACGUGAAUGGCACGGAAACUAACAUUGCGAUCAUUUUGUACUCCUCUACACCACAAAGAGAACUGGACUUAAAUGGAAACCAAGGACUAGUUGAAGCUGUUAUAGAUAUGAUGAAGCCGCUAACUGGAGGAACAAGGAUCGACCUUGCUUUGGAAUUUGUAUCAGAGCAAAUUUUAGCGCCAGGUCAUAGCGACAGGCCAGAUGUUCCUGAUGUCGUUGUCUUGUUGACUGACGGAGAAUCUGAUAAAGGUUCCGGAAACUUAACUGCAGCUGCUCAGCGUUUAAAAGAUCACGAUGUACAUGUGGUCUCUGUUGGGUUGGGAAAUCAAACGAAUAUAGAAGAACUAAAAAAUAUAGCCAAUCAUGACGGGUCAGUAUUUCUCGUCCAAGAUUAUGGUGCAAUUGCUAACUAUGUUGACGAACUAGCGGCGGAGAUUUGUGAAGAACAUCCGUCUUUUCAUCAACGUUCUGAGUUAUAUGCAUCUUCACUUAACAACACUAACAUAACUGGUAUAAAUCCAGAAUAUGGCAACACAAUAGUUGAACAUACUGGCUACACGUGUGAACCUACAUUGGUGUACUCGUUCGAUACUGUCUGUGAUCGAUCCGUGUAUGAUGAAUCGGGAAAAGGAAACAACGGAAAUGCAAUCGGGGAAUUCAACUUCGACGAAACCACAAGUAAAUGUAAAGCAAAAAUGAUGGUAUCGCAAGACGGCGCACUUGUCAUCAAUGGCGGUGAAGUGCGUGGAAAACCUGUGGACGGUGUGACCAUAGCUACAUGGUUGAACUUGUUUGGAGACGGAAAAGUUCAUCCAGUAUUUUCUGUGAUCAAUUCGAAAGGUCAAGGUCAGUACCUGUUAGAAGUACGUCCACAAGGAAGUGUGCAUUUCUCCAUCAAAUUUGGCGACAAAGUCGUUUGCCAAGUUACCACCAGUAACGAUGUUUUCAAAUUCAUCGAAUGGACUCAUCUUGCUGCUACUUACAGUGUAAUUGACAACAAGGCUGUGAUCUAUAUUAAUGGAAAGCCCUUGGAAGCAAAUAAGAUCCAAAGCACUAAAGAUCGCCAAAGUGAACUGUUACCAGGGGAUUGGGAUGGAUUUGUUGCGAUUGGUAAAGAAAAACUGAAUUCAAUCGAUAAACAAUUGGCUGGCGGCGUUGAUGAGUUUUAUAUGUUCCCUUGUGUCUUACAAGAAGGCGACAUCGAGAAGAUUAAAGAUUUCUGUAGCAGAUAUGAACCAAGAGUAAGAUCUUACGCUGGUACAAAAUACGAAUUAUUUGAAAGACCAUCCACUUCCAACGUUGGCGAUUUACAGAAAGAAAUAGCAUCGAAAAAUGCUACCAUUGUGAGAUAUCUUGACCUCUUUGAAGCACCUUUGUUUGAUGAGAAAGCCAACACGGCUAUCGGUACCGGCUCAUUUGCCGCCAGACUUAGUGGUUAUUUUGUUCCGCCAAUAUCAGCCGAGUAUGUAUUAGAAAUAACAUCAAACGAACAAGGUGCGUUGUACAUGGAUGCUGAGAAGCCAUCUUUACAAUCCGAAGUAAAAUCACAAGUCACUACAAGUUCUAAAGCCAAACAGGAAGCAUCAAAGUCCUAUUCGAUACGUUUAAAGGCUGGUGUGCACUAUUACAUCGAGUUGUAUCAGCUUUCGAAAGAGAAAAACAGUAUCCUUAAACUGGGUUUUGAUGUCAAAUGUCAAAAAUCGAAAUCCAACGUCUUUUCAGAAAAUCCGAUCACGAAAUUCAAUGUUGUGCAUGAUAUUCCAAGAAACUGCAGUGAAGUCCACAGCAAUAUAAAAAAUGCUCCUGACGAUGAGUAUACGUUACGUCUUCAUUCAAAGUGUCAUACCGUCAACGUGUUUUGUCGCAACAUGGCUGGAACAGAUCCCAAGAAUAGCAAUUUAGAAUAUCUCACGUUAAAUAAAGGACCAGAGGAAAAUUACGGUAAAUUUUACCGACCAAGAUUAGUGAAUUUUAAUAGCUGUUCGGGUCCGGAGACUGCAACCCCUCCAGAGACAGAAAAGAACUGGGGAACAACAUGGUUUAAACGUAUACGGGUUAAUCCAUCCAACAUGGCCAUUCAGCGCGAUGACUACACGUACGCCGUCACCGUGGGUAACAAGAUGGCGUACGGAAGUGCGGGCGAUUGUUAUUCAAAAAGUAAGCAAGAUUGUCGUAAAGGACAGUUUAAAAUUAACUUAAACGGAACUGAUAUGAAAAUCCAAGGUAAUCCAACCUGGAUUGCAGGUGGUACGCCAGCUAAUAUGAAAGAGAGAAUAACCCAGUUCAAAAAUAAUGACGGAAAAGUACUAUCCGCGCAUUGUGGGGGUUCAUGCUCAAAAUGCCAGCCUCAAGGUCAUCUGAGACUACAACCUGAUAUAUGUUUGUCGGACGGCGAUAGUUCAUCUGGAACUAAAAAUAUUAAAAAACAGAAACGCAACAAACGAUCUGUAUGGUCGUGGUUGCCAUGGUAAUAAGACGAUGACGUCAUAAUUAUCCAAUAUGGUACCAUAACUGUUCAUGUACAUAGCGUAUAUAUACUUAGUCCGAUCAUCUUGGUGUGAGAAAGAAAUACCUUAAAAUCUUAAUGUUUAAAACUUAAAAAGAUAUUUUUUUGCUUACUUUAUCAUCAAAUUUUCUAGGUUGUUUGUUAUAUCCCGCUCUGUAAAUUUUAAAAAAGUUAGAGAAAAGUAAUUAUUUGUUUUUUGUAAUAUUUAAUGUUAUACUAUUUUAUGGAAAUAUAUGAAGAGAGAGAAGUCA